AUGAGGAGUUUCACACUCGCGAUAUCACUGAGCCCUAUGACUGUGCGGAAAGGAAAACGUUUAGGCAUCUCCAUCCAGGAGCACAUGGCCAUCGACGUCUGCCCGGGCCCCAUCCGGCCCAUCCGGCAAAUCUCGGCUUACUUCCCUCGCCUCUCGCCCACUUCCUCCUUCACUGAGCCCGUCUCGCCGAACCAGCUGGGAGCCCCCGCCCCACUCAGCCCUGGCAUCGCAGGUCAAGGUGGAGGGGCUGUCGGCGGGGGGGGAGGCGGUGGGAGCAGCGGCCUGUUGUCCCCCUUUUUACCGGGGAUGGGGGGCGGAGGCGGCUCGCUAUCAGCCAUGAGCAGCAUGGACACCUCCAUCGAGAUUGACAGCUGUGACAGCGAUGAUAGCACCGCCCUGGGGACUUUGGAGUUUGAUCUCCUGUACGAGCGAGCGACCAGCUCCUUACACUGCACAGUCAUGAGAGCAAAGGGUCUGAAACCGAUGGAUUUCAACGGCUUGUCAGAUCCUUACGUCAAGCUGCAUCUUCUGCCCGGAGCCUGCAAGGCCAAUAAACUGAAAACCAAGACCGUCCGCAACACGCUGAACCCCGUGUGGAACGAGACGCUCACCUACUGUGGAAUCACCGAGGAGGACAUGUACCGCAAAACACUCCGGGUGUCCGUGUGCGACGAAGACAAGCUGACACAUAAUGAGUUCAUCGGGGAGUCGCGGGUGGCCCUGCGCCGCGUGAAGCCGGACCAGACCAAACACUUCAACAUCUGUCUGGAGCAUCCACCUCCUCUGCCGUCACCGACCGCGAUGAGCUCGGCCCUGAGAGGAAUCUCCUGUUACCUGAGAGAGUGGGAGACGGAGCAGCAGAGGAGUCUGGAGGAAAGAGGCCGUUUGCUGCUCUGCCUGCAGUUCCUCCCCCCCGCGGGCGACGAGGACGUGAAGGGCGAGGCCAAGGAGAGGGCUCGCGGCGGCCUGUGCGUGGGCGUCAAACGCUGCGCCCACCUGGCCGCCAUGGACGUCAACGGCUACUCGGACCCCUACGUCAAAACGUAUCUCAAGCCCGACGUUCAGAAGAAAUCCAAGCACAAAACCGCCGUCAUAAAGAAGACUCUCAACCCAGAGUUUAAUGAGGAGUUCUUCUACGAAAUCUCCUUCUCAGAGUUGGCCACCAAGACGCUGGAGGUCACGGUGUGGGACUACGAUCUGGGAAAGUCCAACGACUUCAUCGGGGGUGUGUCCUUGGGGUGUCACUCGCAGGGAGACACUCUGCAGCACUGGAUAGAAUGUCUGAAAAACAAGGGCACGAAGGUGGAGCGCUGGCACACGCUGACCAACGAGCUGCCGGGAUCCACGGUGCAGGAAUGA